ACCUCUAAUUCUCGCAUUCUUCGUCACCAAAUCCCAAGAGAUUCAAAACCCAAGUUUAAAAACCUCCUUCCUGUAUUACCCAGAUCUCAAUUUUCUUCCUUUUGAUGGAAUUUCUUCUCUUUUGAUCCUUUUCCCCUGUUUACCGGUUCAAAUUUGAGCAUCUCCUUCAUUUUUAGUGGUUUGUUAUUCAAAGAUCAGUCUGAUCUAUUUUUUUAUUAAGAUUUUGAGCUCAAUUGUUCGAAAUUAUCCCAUAAUUUCUUGAACAUCUAAGGAAUUUUGUCAUAUUUCCCUUGUUUGUAAUCUUCUGUUUUUAUUUUGUGGCAAAAAACCUAAUCAUGGGAAUACAGAAGGACAGGAUCAAAUUCAACGUUGGGGGCAGAAUCUUUGAAACAACGGCCACCACGCUGGGGAACGCCGGCAGAGAUUCAUUCUUUGGGGCAUUGUUCGACGACAAUUGGAAUUUGUUGCGCGCAAACAACAACCAAGAAUUCUUCAUCGAUCGGAAUCCCGACUGCUUUGCUAUCCUUCUCGACCUCCUCCGUACCAGCGAUCUUCAUAUCCCCUCAAAUGUCCCAGAGAGGCUCCUGUACAGAGAAGCUGCGUUUUAUGGCCUAAGUGACCAUGUUCGAUCUGCUAAAUGGGGUCCGUUCGAUGGUAACAGGUUAAGCCUCUGCCGGUCCGUAACGGGUCGGGCUCCCGGCGACGGGACAGCCAUCAGAGCAGGACCGGACGGCGGGUGUGCUGUCGCCCAUGGGAGCAUGGUGCACGUGUUUGAUUGGAUGUUAGAAGAGCACCCGCCGAUCAAUCUCGAUUACCAGAGGGUAAACGACAUUGGUUGGGUCAACACAGAUGGUAUCGUAAUCAGUGCUUGUGAGAGGUUGGGAACAGCAGACGGCGGGAUGGGGCUGUUUACCUCGUCGACGGGAGAGUUGAGGUACAAAUUCAAUGUUGUUCACGACAAUCAAGUUAAGAGUUACGCCGCCGGAGCUCUGAGUUUCAGCCCGGAUUACAAGAUUUUCUCUAGUUGUAAAGGGAGGAGCAAUGAAUACGGAGUAGGGGUUUGGGAUCAGGUCACCGGAAAACAGAUAGAUUUCUUCUAUGAAAGUCCCGGUUGGUCUCUCGGGGAUGCAGAUAAGUUGCAAUGGUUGGAUAGAAGAAACUGUUUGUUAGUUGCUACUUUGUUUCCUAGGAAAGACAACUGCUACAUUAGCAUGUUAGAUUUUAGAGAGAAGAGAAUGGUUUGGUCAUGGUCUGACAUCGAAGCUCCGGUGACUGUUGAUGAGAAGAGAGUCAGAGAUGCCAUAGCAAUGGAGGAGAGCAACUCCAUCUGUGUAGUGAAUGAGUAUGAGGAUUUGGGGUUUAUUGAUUUGAGAAUGAGUGGAGGGAGUGUAAGGUGGAGUUCCAGGAGUAGAUUGAACAAGGGGAAAAUGCCGGAUGAGUCUUGUUACCCAAAACUGGCUCUGCACGAGGGCCAAUUAUUCUCUUCCAUGAACGAUUGCAUCUCUGUGUUCUGCGGUCCAGAUUGUGUGUUAACCUCCAGGCUUCGGAGAAGCCAUGGAGGUUCAAUAUGUGAUUUCUCAAUAGGAGGAGAUCGCCUAUUUGCAUUGCUUAGUGAAGAGAAUGUGUUCGAUAUAUGGGAGACUCCACCGCCUCCAAUUAUAUGAUUUCCUAUCCUUUCGAUGUACAAUGGCCAUCCUUGGUGUUUUUAGGUAGUAAAAGAUAGAGGAUGAGCAUACAAUCAAACAACAGGAAGGCCUUAUAAAGUGAUGAAACUUGAGGUUGUGUUUGUGUAUACAGAGUCUGCUUCUUUUUGCAAAGAAGUGUAAGUUAAUUGCUUAAUUUCCAUAGCGUAGAGAGAGGAGAGCUAGUGUUUUUUGGGGUUGUAAAAGGUUUGCCAAUUUAUUAUAGAGGAAUGAACUAGAUUGCUCAAU